GUGGACUCAGGUAGAUCGCAGGUGUGUCGUAGUCCGGCACUGUGAAGGAGACUCGAUCGUCCGGGACCAACUUUUGUGAAGUUGGUUAGAGUUAUUGAAUCUUAACAGCGCUCAUAUUCACGCCAGUUCGGAUUACUGAGACACUAUUACUUGUUUUUUGCGCUAUGAAUUUAGUUUUUAUUAGACAAGCUGGGACUCUGCUGUUUAUUUGCAUGAUUUUAAUUCUUCUGCAUGGCUCCAGAGGCGAAAUACCUUCUAAACCAAUUGCAGCCACGAUUUUGCCAUCGGUUAAGCCUGAUGGUGGAGUCCAGGCUUAUCCAGAGGACCAGAAAAAUAAUUUACCCAUGUUUACAAUGAAUUAUCCAAGAAUCCAGAUUCCCUUUGAAAUUACUCUUUGGGUGCUGCUGGCUUCUUUUGCAAAAAUUGGUUUUCAUGUGUACCACAAGAUCACCAUCUGGGUGCCUGAGUCGUGCCUUCUCAUCAGCAUUGGCCUGAUAGUGGGUGCUAUCAUGCACUCUGUUCACGAGGAGCCCCCCGCUGUGCUCACCAGUAAUGUCUUCUUCCUCUACAUGCUGCCCCUAAUUGUCCUGGAGUCAGGCUACUUCAUGCCCACCAGGCCUUUCUUUGAGAACGUUGGCACGGUGUUGUGGUUCGCCGUGGUGGGGACACUGUGGAACAGCAUUGGCAUCGGCAUCUCUCUGUUCGCCAUAUGCCAAAUUCCGGCCUUUGGCGUGCAAGACAUCAACCUCCAGGAGAACCUGCUGUUCUCCGCCAUCAUCUCGGCCGUGGACCCCGUGGCUGUGCUGAACGUGUUUGAGGACGUGUCUGUGAACGAGCAGCUCUACAUCGUAGUGUUCGGAGAGUGCCUCUUCAAUGAUGCUGUCACUGUGGUGUUGUACAACAUGUUCAGCUUUGUUGCGGAAAUGCCGGUGGUGGAGCCGGUGGAUGUGUUCAUUGGAGUGGCGAGGUUCUUCAUUGUGGGGCUCGGUGGGAUGGCAUUUGGCAUCCUGUUUGGCUUUGUGGCAGCCUUCACCACAAGAUUCACCUCCAAGGUCCGAGAAAUCGAGCCACUCUUCGUAUUCAUGUACAGCUACCUGGCCUAUCUGGUGGCAGAGCUGUUUGCCAUCUCAUCCAUCAUGGCCAUUAUAACCUGUGCCCUCACCAUGAAGUACUACGUCGAGGAAAACGUUUCCCAGCGUUCGUGCACGACCAUCAGACACGUGAUUAAGAUGCUUGCCUCUAUCUCGGAGACGCUCAUCUUCUUCUUCUUAGGAGUCGUCACCAUCACAACUGACCAUGAGUGGAACUGGGGCUACAUCCUCUUCACGCUGCUGUUUGCUUUUGUAUGGAGAGGUCUGGGUAUCUUGGUGUUGACUCAGAUCAUUAACCCUUUCCGCACCAUCCCAUUCAACAUGAAAGAUCAGUUUGGUCUCGCUUAUGGAGGUCUGCGAGGUGCAGUUUCUUUCGCCCUUGCCUUCACGCUUCCUGAUACCAUUGGUCGCAAGCAGCUCUUUGUCACUGCCACCAUUGCAGUUAUCCUCUUCACCGUCUUUCUUCAGGGCAUCAGUAUCCGACCUCUGAUUGAGUUCAUCAAUGUCCGAAGAACAAACCGCAACCUUGAAACCAUUAAUGUAGAGAUUCACGGCAGGCUCAUGGAGCACACAAUAGCAGGCAUAGAGGAUCUCUGUGGGCAGUGGAGCCGCUUCUACUGGAAGGACAAGUUUAUGAAGUUUAACAACAGAAUCCUGCGUAAGAUCCUCAUCAGAGACAGCAGGGCGGAGUCCAGUAUUGUGGCGCUCUAUAAGAAGCUAGAGCUGCAGAAUGCCAUGGAAAUCCUGGACACGGCGUCUGGAGACAUCAGCGCUGCUCCUUCCAUCGUCUCCCUCUAUGAGGAAAAGAAAAGCUCUUCUAAACCCCAGAAAAAGUUCCUGGCUGCUGACCUGAAGAACAUGCACGACAUCCUGUCCAAGAACAUGUACAAGAUCAGGGAGCGGACGGUGGCAUACAGAGGAAAGCAUGCUCUACCCAAUGACAACCAUACCAGAGAGAUACUGAUCAGGCGCCAUGUCAGCAUUCGACGAAGCCUCCGACCUGGUAGCUUUCAGUCAUCGUCUUAUGUGCCCAGGACACACAAGUAUUUCUCGCUUCCUGCUGGAAAGAGUCUGGAGUCAACAUUUCCUGCUGCGAGGCGGAGCUACGCAGAUGAUCAUGAGACCCUGUCAGAAGUUGCCUACCCAUCUCAACGCUCCCGGUUUGGCAAGCCUGCGCGCUCCUCCUCCUCCAAAGCCAUGAUACCUCUGCGCAGACUGGGCACUCUGGAAGAGGUGCCAUCUACUGAUGUUCUGAAUGAAGACAGCAGCAGUACGGAGCAGGGCGUGUUCAGGACAAACUCCUCCUACAGUGAUUCCCACGUGCCUCGUCCUCGCCGCUUAAAUUCCUCAUUUGAUAAUAACAACGGUUCAGCGGACGACUUAAGAAACGUCCAUGAAGAGCCUUCGUCUCCACCGCCAGGCUGGGCGGCCGAGCCCAGAGACAACACGGCUCGAAACCCUCUGCUCAGGCGGCCUCAGUGGACCCCCAAGAGGAAAUAAAAGUGUUGCAGCUGGACUGCCUCCACCUGAUCAAGCAGCUGGAAGCUUCUGCUUAUGACUGUAAGCUCAAAUAACUUGAAAGCCAUUAAGAAUAACAUUGAAGGUGUCUUCAUUACUCAAUAGAGGUAAAGCGGUCUUCAAAAUGAGCCAAAAUGAACUAAACGCUUCAGUGUCACACUCCUCAGAAGCAAAGUGAACUGUAGCAAAUGUACUGUAAAUAAAUUGUCAGCUGUGGGACUUUUUACACAUGUACUUAUUUUAAAUAGUCAUAGAAAAUCUUUUUAAAUGUCUUUUUUUUUUCUUCAUGUAGGAGUUUUUAAAUGUGGAAGGUGAGGUUAAUUAAAUUAUUUUAUUAUACGUCUGCCCUUUGUGUAAAUAAGAUAGUUUUCUGUAUUUUACUGUCCGUCUGUGUGAUAGUUACAUGACUGAAGAUGUACAUUUUACAGUGGCCAACUUUGUUUUCCUUUUUUCUGUAAUAAAUUUUCUGUGUUGAAAGUUAUUCUGAUAAGUUUUAAGGUUUGUGACACUGAAUAACAUGUCAGAUAUUAAAGGUGAAUGCUUUUAAUGUGAUUAAAAAUACAAUUCAGGA